GGGGACUCUGACGUCAGCUCGGCCUAUAAGAGGCUGCCUGGCUGAGGGCUGUGGAGAGAGCCCCGAGCCGCUGCCAUGCCCACUCCCAACGCCAACGCGCCGCAGGCCAAGGGCUUCCGCAGGGCCGUCUCGGAGUUGGACGCCAAGCAGGCCGAGGCCAUCAUGGUAAGAGGGCAGUCCCCUCACUUCAUCGGGCGGAGGCAGAGUCUCAUCGAGGACGCGCGCAAGGAGCGGGAGAAGGCGCAGGCGGCGGCAGCCUCCUCGGACCCGGCGGAGCCCCUGGGGGCCGGGGCCUGCGUGGAGAAGGACGGGAAGGCCCUGCUGGACCUGCUCUUCACGCUGCGGGGCGCCAAGCCCGCUCCGCUCUCCCGCGCCCUGAAGGCAUUCGAGACAUUUGAAGCCCAAAUCCUCCAUCUGGAGACCCGUCCAGCCCAGAAGCCAUGUGCGGGGGCCCCCCACCUGGAGUACUUCGUGCGCUGUGAGGUGCCCAGCGCCGACCUGCCCAACCUGCUCAGCUCCGUGCGCCGGGUGGCGGAGGACGUGCGUGGCCCGGGGGAGAGCAAAGUCCUCUGGUUCCCAAGGAAAGUUUCUCAGCUGGACCAAUGUCACCACCUGGUCACCAAGUUUGAUCCGGACCUCGACUUGGAUCAUCCGGGCUUCUCGGACCAGGCGUACCGCCAGCGCAGGAAGCUGAUCGCCAACAUAGCCUUCCAGUACAAGCAUGGUGACCCUAUUCCUCGUGUGGACUACACGGCCACGGAGAUUGCCACCUGGAAGGAGGUGUACACCACCCUCAAGGGCCUGUACGCCACUCACGCCUGCCGGGAGCACCUGGAGGCCUUCGGGCUGCUGGAGCGCUUCUGCGGGUACCGGGAGGACAGCAUCCCCCAGCUCGAGGACGUCUCCCGCUUCCUGAAGGAGCAAACCGGCUUCCAGCUGCGGCCCGUGGCCGGCCUGCUGUCCGCCCGGGACUUCCUGGCCAGCCUGGCCUUCCGCGUGUUCCAGUGCACCCAGUACAUCCGGCACGCCUCGUCCCCCAUGCACUCCCCGGAGCCGGACUGCUGCCAUGAACUGUUGGGACACGUGCCCAUGCUGGCCGACCGGACCUUUGCCCAGUUUUCCCAGGACAUCGGCCUGGCAUCCCUGGGAGCCUCGGACGAGGAGAUUGAGAAGCUGUCCACGCUGUACUGGUUCACCGUGGAGUUCGGCCUGUGCAAGCAGAACGGGGAGCUGAAGGCCUACGGCGCCGGGCUGCUGUCCUCCUACGGGGAGCUCCUGCACUCUCUGUCGGAGGAGCCGGAGAUCCGGGCCUUCGACCCCGACGCUGCGGCCCUGCAGCCCUACCAGGACCAGACGUACCAGUCUGUCUACUUCGUGUCCGAGAGCUUCAGCGAUGCCAAGGACAAGCUCAGGAACUACGUCUCGCGCAUCCAGCGCCCCUUCUCCGUGAAGUUUGACCCGUACACACAGGCCGUGGACGUGCUGGACAGUCCCCAAGCCAUCCGGCGCUCCCUGGAGGACAUCCAGGACGAGAUGCACGCCCUCGCCCACGCCCUCAGUGCCAUCAGCUAAGGGCACGGCCCUGUGGGCCCU